AUGGCGCCUCUUGUCCCCUCGCAGGAGGAGCUGCAGCGUCGCCGAAUCAUCGGCAUUAAUGCUGAAACCGUCACCAAUAUCCCCUCCACAGAUUUUCCCGGUCACUGGCCCGGAGAGUCGCAUGGCUGGGCAGUCGACGAAUUCCAGAAGGUCGAGUUCCACCGCAAUGACCAAUUCGAGGCUUCCUUCUCGCUGAUCGGACUCGAUGCCUCGGUCGCCAAUGCUUUCCGCCGUAUUCUCAUGGCCGAAAUCCCGACCAUCGCCAUUGAAGAUGUCUUCAUUCACAACAACACCUCUGUCAUCCAAGACGAAGUGCUCGCACAACGACUGGGUCUGAUCCCGCUGAAGGGUUCCGUCGAGGGAAUCAAUUGGAUGCAAUGGUUCAAGAAGGCCACAGAGGAAGGCGGAGAGGAAGACGGUCCUUGCGAUUUCAACACCAUCGUGCUCCACCUCGAUAUGGAAUGCUACAAGAAUGAGCACGCAGCCAAGGACGAACAGGACCCCCGCAAGCUCUACACCAACGCCCACGUCUACGCCAAGGACCUUAUGUUCACUCCUGUCGGUCGUCAGGAGCAAUACUUCGUUGGUGAUGGUGCCAUUGCGCCAGUUAACCCUGACAUUUUGAUCGCCAAGAUGCGUCCUGGCCAGGCUAUCCAGAUGGAACUUCACUGUCAAAAGGGUAUUGGUGCCGAUCACGCCAAGUUCUCCCCCGUUGCCACUGCCUCAUACCGUCUCCUGCCCGAUAUCAAGAUCGAGCGCCCUAUCAUCGGCGACGACGCGAAGAAGUUCGCCAAGUGUUUCCCCAAGGGUGUGAUUGGCCUUGAGCCCGUCACCUCCGCGGAGGCUGCGCAACGCGGAAGCGGAUACGAAGGCCACUCUGGCGAGCAGAAGGCUGUCGUGAAGGACGCUUUCUCGGAUACCGUUAGCAGAGAGUGCUUGCGCCACGACGAGUUCAAGGACAAGGUCAAGCUCGGACGUGUGCGUGACCACUUCAUCUUCAACGUCGAGAGCACUGGUCAAUUCGACAGUGACGUCCUCUUCCUGGAGGCCGUCAAGGUCUUGAAGCUCAAGUGCAACCGGUGGAAGAGAGGUCUGACCGACCUGAUGGCUUAG